AUGACUUCUCGCAGGCUCUCGUUAUCUCUGCUCCGACCAUUCUCCGUCGAACUUCGCCACUGUUUCAAGCUCUGGCCCCUUGCUGAUCAUUCUCCGUCCCAAACUUAUCCCCUCACGUUUCUACGAUCUCCGCCUGGUUGCGGCGAGGAGAAUGGCGAUGUUGCUGGACUUCGUUGUGUUUGGACAACAGAAUCCUAUCGUUAG